CCAUGAAGCGACAAAUUUCCGGUCUCUGCUAUGACCCGCACCAGCGGAACCAGUCUCUUACCUCAAUUAUCGUGAACACUAUCUCCACCAUGGCCUAUGAGCUCUUUUGGAACACAACAUCAGCACAACCGCCGGUAGCGAUAACGUGUUUCAACGAAAAACAGCAACAGCAUCACCAUUCGCGACGUCGCCCACUCUUCCGUGGCCGGGAUAUUGACUUUACACAUUUCAAGACAUCGUCCGCUUGGGAAAACAGAAUGCAAGAGGCCGAACGGUUGAUUCGUGAUAUUUGUUUGCAAAACCAACAACAGCAACGAAACAGUAUAAACGAUCCCUCAGCACGGGGCUUGCCUCGAAAUGCAGCCCUAGCCUAUCAACUUGCGGUCGAAGAAGACAAUAACAAAUGGGGCCUGGUGAACAAGGAAGAUCUCGAAGUCUGCUUCUUGGCACUCAUGCCACCUCCGAAACCCAAAUGCACUUACGUUACCAUCCCAGAAGCAUCUACACCACCAGGUGUACCUCACAAUUACCAGCAUCCACGCAAUCAUCACCAUCUUUUUCAUGACGCAGUAGUACUAUCGUAGCAGUACUAAAAUAGGAAACCUUACCCUUUCUCUUCUCUUCUUUGUUAUAUCCCAUCCUCUUUGCAUAUACUAUUA